CGUUAUUAUAAAACCGGGACGGGAUCGGGAUAAACCAAAUCCCGGACCGUCCUGGACCGUGCCCACCCCUAAUAGGACGGAGGGAGUAUUUAAUAAGUAUAUACUCCAUACGGAGUAUUAUACGGAGUAUUAUACGAAGUAUAUAGCAAAUUUCCUUAUGAUAAUUAUAGUUGCUAUAGUAUAUAGGACAUAAUUACUUAUGAGUUAGGGCCCACCUAGUAUAAAUUAAUUCCUAAUGAAUGAGUAUUAUUGCUAUGGAGUGGACUCGUAUAUUGUUGGAGUUUUGCUCUUGACAUUUUUUUUUAAUUCAAUAGCCCUAGUGGGAAUUGAGUAUUCGGACGGUUGGUUUUUACUUAUUUUUUUCUCAACCUAAUCUAGGUGUUCCUUAAGUCAGAUUUACGAAUUCGGACGGGAGUAAAAUGGAAUUAUGCAUGUUUUCUACAAAAAAAAGGUUCCCCUAGUCAGAUUUGCCAAUUCUGACAGGAGAUGUUCCACGAAAAAAUCUAACCCUAACCCCUAGUCGGAUCACCCAAUUCCGACUCUCGUAUUUUGGAACCCAAUUUCAUUUCCCGUAUUUUGGCGUGUCAGACCAAAAAGUCCCGCAUUUUGGUAAUUUCAUCGAUUUAAUCUAAUACUCCGUAUGAUACAAUUAAAUAUUAUCGUAUAUAUAGUCUAAUUUGGUUAUUAUUAUUAUUAAUUUGGUUUAGUUCAACCUUUUCAUUCGAAUUCAAAAUGGCAUAAUAUUAUACAAAAAGUAAAUACUUCGUAAGUAUUAAUGCAGUAAAUGCUAAUCAACUACUCCCUCCGUUCUCUAAUAGAUGGGAGUAUAGCCUUUGGCACAAGAUUUAAGAAGAAAUUAAUACGGAUAGAAUAAAAGGUGUAGUGGAUUGUGUGUAAAGGAAAAAGUAGGAAAGAGAAUGAGUGUAAAUGAGUAUAUUUAUUGAAAAAACUUACCAAAAGUGGAAAGGGAAACAACUAAUAGAAAACAUCCUAAUGGGAAGAGGGUCAAGUAUUAGAGAACGGAGAGAGUAUAUACCUUGUGUCAGAACCAAUUCCGUGUGGGGGUUCAAGUUUUCAACCCGACAACCCCUAUGGAUGAAUGAUCUUCUCACCAAAUUUGAAUCCAUGGCGAGCCAUACGGCCAUACCCAUUAUGUUGGUUGCAAUAUAAUACUUUGGAGGGGUCUUACAUGCAAAUAUGCAAUACACCUAUAGACAAAGCCAAGUCAGCAUAUACUAGAGAUGACAGAUGUACACAAGGGAACUUGACUCUUGUAAACCCGAUAUAUAGAUUGCUCGAUCAUGCAAACUUAUUUUCCACCGCUACAUCACCGUUCAGGGAUGGACACAUGAAGGGGCUGGAGGAGGCCUCAGCCGUGCAAGGAAAAAAAUUAAGUAUAUAUUAUUGUUGGGAUAUAUUAUCCCGGCCUAUUACUGUUCAGGAGCCCAAGACUUUACGUAGUACAGAGCCCAAUCAGUAAGGCCCAUUUUAGCCUAUCAGGCCUGUUUCGGCCUUUGGGCCCAUUUUGGCCCAUUCGGCCCGUUAGGGUGGAGAGCCCCCUUUCCCCCUAUUCCCUAUAAAUAGGAGGUUUCCCUCCAUGGAAAAGGAUCCUCUUUAGCUUCAUCUUCCUCCUUCUUUUAGAAUAGCUCAAAUACUCCAUUAAUGGGAGCUUGUACAAUGUAAUUGUGAGGAGAGUCCUAAUGAGAAAGAGAGGGCUUGGACAUUAGCCUAAAAAGUCCCGUGGUUUUCUCCCUUUCGGGUUUCCACGUAAAAACUGAGUUGUUCAUACACAUUUAUACAUAUAUUUACUAUAUCGUGUUGGAUUAAACUCAACACUGGCGCCGUCUGUGGGAAUCUGUCCAAAAAGAUUCACGUUGUUCUUCAGUUUCUACAACAAAAUUCAUUCGAAAAUGGACUGAUUUUAGCAAAGGAAGAAGAAGUUCUGAAAUUUUGGUCUUGGGAAGCUCUAGCAGCACCUGCCCAACUGACCGAGGAGGAAGGGAGAAAGAAAGAAGAAAAAUUUUGGGAGGCAAAGAAGCUACGAAAUCUCGGAAUCCACAUAUGGAUUUUCUCAGAUCUUGUUUGGGGCUGCCGGAUCCACCGUACCCGCCGCCGUGAAAUCCCCAGUGGAUUUACCCACACCAGACGAAGCUCGCGGCAGCACCCCAGGUCGGGUCAUCCUCGCCUCUAGGGAAGCUCCGUCUGCAAACGGGCGCUCAUCGCUGGCAGCUGGUUCUACGACCUGAAUCGCCACCUACGCCGCUCGUUUUCGCCGUCCCACCAAGAGGCCUUAACAAAUUUCAGCAUGUCUUGCUCCAGAGGACUGGCCUCGCCGGGGACCCUUUGCUCCGCUGCAGUUUACUUCCGUCCCUAAGCGGAUGUACUGCCUGUUGGGGUUGGGGAGGGGUUGUUUCCAUCUGCCUCUUGGAAAGAUUCUUUUUGUUUGGUUGAGAGUCAACCACAUCCGAAGGACCCAAAUGAGAUUGCAGUAAAAUUGGGUGGAGCACCUUGCAUGACUUCGGAAGUCAACGGUUGAUGAUGACUUGUGCCAGCUGCUAUAACUUUGGCCAAGCUGCUCGAGGAGCAAGGCUCCAAUUCGUAGAUGAGCCAAUUAUUUCACCCAUCUCAAAAGAGCUAAGUUAUCAUACGUACCCCUCUUUUAUUAUCUAAGUAUUAAUAAUGAAGCUUGAUUACUAUUGCUAGUUUUUAUCACCAUUAUUUAAUAGGGGGCAAGUAUCCCGAAAUUAAAUAAUGUCGAGUAAAGCUCAGAUGGGAAAAACUCUAGUGAUAAUCAUUUUUAACCAUCAUUUUAAUUAAUGACUGGUUGUUGUGGGCCCGUCGGCCCGCUCCUGAUCGGCUUUAAUUAGCGAACGGAGCAUAUCUGAAUGGCCUUUGGUAGGAUAAUACUAUUAUUACUACCCGUACAUCACUAUUAUUUAUUAGGGAUAAAAAUGUCCCGAAUUAAAUGAUGCGGAGCGAAGCUCUAGUGAUAGUUAGUUCGGCCAACAUUUUAUUAAAUGUUUAAUUGUUUGUGGGGCCGUUGGCCCACUCUCGAUCAGCUUGAUUAAGUGAUCCGAGCGUCUCUGGAAGGGCGAUGCCCCGACGACGCAUUUUAAUUGGAGGGUUGCGCAUUAGUCCGAACGGCACUACGUGCCCGAUCGACGAUCAUACCCCAAUGUAAUCUACGCCAUUAGGCGCGAAGUGACUAUUGCCAAACGUGGCCUAUGGGGCCCGAGGGAACCAAAGCACUCAACCUCGUUUUUCCGAGGGCAGUGCGACUAACUUGGGUCUGAGUUGAAAACUCACAGACCGGUGAAUAUCUCUAUGUGACGUUCGGCGGGCUGCUAAUUGGCCCCGCCGCGAGCUGCUACGUCCAUUAACCCCGCACGAUGAGCCGGGCCGAGGGUCACGAUAACCCAUAGGCCGGUAAUCGUAGGUGUUAGAGAGAAAGCCACGCAGAUGGCUAUGUAUAUAUACUGUCGGGCCGUGCGGCCCGUUAUCAUGCUUAUUGCGCAGCUGAAGCUGCUCGACGCGCUCGAGCGAAAUGAUUAAAAGACGCUCGGCCCGAGUCUUGAAGACGUUCAGGGCCAGCUAAAGAGGAGACCAUCACGGCUGAGAGCCGAGAGACGAACAUCUCCACCUCAGAGACCGAUGGCCUAGGAAGAACACCUAGAGGCCAAGGGUCUAGAGGGAACUGCCACGACGAAGAACCGUGAGACGAUCAUCCAUCAUUCAGAGGCCGAAGGCCUAGAGGAGACCACCGCGGCCGAGGUCCAACUGACACAAUCAUAUCACGACCGGCCUCUCGGCACGGCGUGAUUAUCAUCUUCUGAAGACCGGUAUCAUCCCCGCGCUGCGCGGAUGAGAGCCAUUGCAUGGGUACACUUGAUCGGCCUCUCAUUGCCGACAUCAUUAUGUCACGACCGGCCUCUCGGCACGGCGUGAUUAUCUUAUUUGAAGACCGGCCUCGUCCCCGCACUGCGCGGAUGAGGACCGUUGCUUGGUUUUUUCAGGUCGGCCUCUCAUUGCCGACAUCAUUACAUCGCGACCGGCCUCUCGGACCGGCGUGAUUAUCAUAUUCGAAGACCGGCCUCGUCCCCGCCACCUCGCGGACGAGGACCGUUGCUUGACCAUAUCUUGAUUGGCAUCUCAUUGCCGACAUUAUCAUACCACGACCGGCCCCUCGGCUCGGCGUGUUCAUCUUUUGAAGACCGGCCUCGUCCCCACACCGCGCGGACGAGGACCGCUGCUUGGUUCAGUCAGGUCGGCCUCUCAUUGCCGACAUCAUUAUAUCACGACCGGCCUCUCGGCACGGCGUGAUUAUCUUAUUUGAAGACCGGCCUCGUCCCCGCGAUGCGCGGAUGAGGACCGUUGCUUGAUUUCAGAUCGGUCUCCCGUGCCGACAUCAUUAUAUCAUGACCGGCCUCUCGGCUCGGCGUGUUUAUCUUUUGAAGACCGGCCUCAUCCCCGCACUGUGCGGAUGAGAGCCGUUGCUGGAUUGCAGGUCGGCCCCUCAGUGCCGACACUAUCACAUCAUGAUCGGCCGCUCAUUGCCGACACCAUUAUACCACGACCGGCCUCUCGGCUCGGCAUGCUUAUCUUUUGAAGACCGGCCUCGUCCCCGCCACCUCGCGGAUGAGGACCGUUGUUUGAUUCUUUCAGGUCGGCCUCUCACUGCCGACACUAUCAUGUUAUGUUCGGCCUCUCGGCACGACAUAUUUACCUUUUGAAGACCGGUUUCAUCCCCGCGCUGCGUUGGAUGAGAGCCGUUGCUCGGAUAUAUCGGCCUGACUGGACACUAUUGCCAUCUCCGUUAUCAGGACCGACUGCUCAGCGAUAUUAUGAUCAUUGUAUACCGGCUCCCAAUGCCGACCUUCUUGAGUCAGCGAUCGGGCUCACUCCUCCCCUCCAGGAGGGUGACCAUCGCCUUCGCAUGACGACCAGCUAUUCCGUCGCCUCGUCAUUUUAUUCGUUUUGGUAUGCCACCACCAUUAUGUGUGACAUCCCGUGAUCCCUGCGAGUUUCUUGGAUACCGAAUGUCUUCUUCGAUGUAGGAAGAUCGGUAGGACCACGGACCGGGGACGGACGAACGAAGCACCAGGGAAUCUCGAUGCAGAUACACCUGUUCCUCCUUGUGAUGUCUGCGGAUACCGAACGUCUCCUCGACGUAGGGACGCCGGUAGGACCAAGGACCAAGGACGAACGAAGCACCAGGGAAUCUCGAUGCAGAUACACCUGUUCCUCCUUGUGAUGUCUGCGGAUACCGAACGUCUCCUCGACGUAGGGACGCCGGUAGGACCAAGGACCAAGGACGAACGAAGCACCAGGGAAUCUCGAUGCAGAUACACCUGUUCCUCCUUGUGAUGUCUGCGGAUGCCGAACGUCUCCUCGAAGUAGGGACGCCGGUAGGACCAAGGACCAAGGACGAACGAAAACCAUAGAUUACCUCCCUAAAAAAAAAAAAAAAAAAAAAAAAAAAAAAAAAGAGAUAGGGAGAAGAGGAGGGUAGCUCCUAUACGGAAGGGAAUCUUGCCCGGGUGUGCCAGAUCUUCCCCCACCGCCGAAGGCGAACGCCUCUCGAUGUAGAGGUUAGUAGAGACGUGGAGGGGGCUAGACGAACCAAGGGAGCCUGCCAAGAUAAACCUGUUCAUCCCACAAUGACCAUGGAUCGAUGGACGUGGGAUAACAAAGACGGGAACCCGUGAGGGUAAACCAGUUCGUCCCUGCGAGUUCCUUGGGUACCGAACGUCUUCUUCGAUGCAAGAGACGCCGGUAAGACUAAAAGGACCAGGGACGAACGAAAAAGGGGGAAUCUCGAUGUAGAUAUACCUGUUCCUCAUUGCGAUGUCCGCGGAUACCGAACGUAUCUUCGAUGUAAGAACGCCGGUAGGACCAAGGACCAAUGACGAACGAAGACUAAAAGACUCCAAAAAAAAAAAAAAAAAAAAAAAAAAAAAAAAAGAUGCCAGAAGAGCACGGAGCAAAGAAUGAUUUUAUCCCUUGGCACUAUUGGCUGUGAAGUACAAACUGAAAAACAUAUGUAAAGAAUAAUUACAAGACUUAAGUACGAAGAAUGAAGUGGCCGACGACGAUCGGCUAACAUCAGGUUUUCUUUUGCAUUGGACGACGCCCAGGUCCACCCUUCCUCCCAGGAUGAAGUCCUGAUAGACGAUCGGUUUCUCAGCGCCAUCGUGUCUCUUUCACGUUCGGAUCGCCCCAUUCCCUCCAGGAUGGCGACGAACGUCUUAUGCAGCACGAUCGGCUUCUCAGCGCCAUCGUGUCUCUUUCACGUUCGGAUCGCCCCAUUCCCUCCAGGAUGGCGACGAACGUCUUAUGCAGUGCGAUCGGCCCCUCGGCGCCAUCGUACUUGGCUUCACGGUUCGGCUCGCCCAUUCCCUCCAGGAUGGCGACGACCGUCUUAUGCAGCACGAUCGGCUUCUCAGCGCCAUCGUGUCUCUUUCACGUUCGGAUCGCCCCAUUCCCUCCAGGAUGGCGACGAACGUCUUAUGCAGUGCGAUCGGCCCCUCAGCGCCAUCGUACCUGGCUUCACGGUUCGGCUCGCCCAUUCCUUCCAGGAUGGCGACGACCGUCUUAUGCGGUACGAUCGGCCCCUCAGCGCCAUCGUACCGAGCUCACGUUCAGUUCGUCCAUCCCUUCCAGGGUGGCGACGAACGUCUUAUGCAUCACGAUCGGCUUCUCAGCGCCAUCGUGUCUCUUUCACGUUCGGAUCGCCCCAUUCCCUCCAGGAUGGCGACGAACGUCUUAUGCAGUGCGAUCGGCCCCUCGGCGCCAUCGUACUUGGUUUCACGGUUCGGCUCGCCCAUUCCCUCCAGGAUGGCGAUGACCGUCUUAUGCAGCAUGAUCGGCUUCUCAGCGCCAUCGUGUCUCUUUCACGUUCGGAUCGCCCCAUUCCCUCCAGGAUGGCGACGAACGUCUUAUGCAGUGCGAUCGGCCCCUCGGCGCCAUCGUACUUGGCUUCACGGUUCGGCUCGCCCAUUCCCUCCAGGAUGGCGACGACCGUCUUAUGCAGCACGAUCGGCUUCUCAGCGCCAUCGUGUCUCUUUCACGUUCGGAUCGCCCCAUUCCCUCCAGGAUGGCGACGAACGUCUUAUGCAGUGCGAUCGGCCCCUCGGCGCCAUCGUACUUGGCUUCACGGUUCGGCUCGCCCAUUCCCUCCAGGAUGGCGACGACCGUCUUAUGCAGCACGAUCGGCUUCUCAGCGCCAUCGUGUCUCUUUCACGUUCGGAUCGCCCCAUUCCCUCCAGGAUGGCGACGAACGUCUUAUGCAGUGCGAUCGGCCCCUCAGCGCCAACGUACCUGGCUUCACGGUUCGGCUCGCCCAUUCCUUCCAGGAUGGCGACGACCGUCUUAUGCGGUACGAUCGGCCCCUCAGCGCCAUCGUACCGAGCUCACGUUCAGUUCGUCCAUCCCUUCCAGGGUGGCGACGAACGUCUUAUGCAUCACGAUCGGCUUCUCAGCGCCAUCGUGUCUCUUUCACGUUCGGAUCGCCCAUCCCUUCCAGGGUGGCGACGAACGUCUUAUGCAUCACGAUCGGCUUCUCAGCGCCAUCGUGUCUGGCUCACGUUAGGGUCGCCCAUCCCUUUCAGGAUGACGACGAACGUCUCUUAUGCAGCACGAUCAGCGCCCCAGCGCCAUCGUGUCUGGCUCACGUUAGGGUCGCCCAUCCCUUUCAGGAUGACGACGAACGUCUCUUAUGCAGCACGAUCAGCGCCCCAGCGCUGUCGUGUCUGGCUCACGUUAGGGUCGCCCAUCCCUUUCAGGAUGGCGACGAACGUCUCUUAUGCAGCACAAUCAGCGCCCCAGCGCCAUCGUGUCUGGCUCACGUUAGGGUCGCCCAUCCCUUUCAGGAUGGCGACGAACGUCUCUUAUGCAGCACGAUCAGCGCCCCAGCGCCAUCGUGUCUGGCUCACGUUAGGGUCGCCCAUCCCUUUCAGGAUGGCGACGAACGUCUCUUAUGCAGCACGUCUGCCUCUCGGCGCUGACAUGCUCGAGUUCUCAUUGAGAGCUACCGCUCCUAUCACAUCUUGCAUUCCCUCUCUCAUACAUUGCACCCAUACAUUACAUGCAUUCAUGCAUCAUACCUCAUACAUUCAUACAUACACAUGUGCAUCAUGUUUUGACAGUACCGCGACGUCGGUUUAUAGAUGCAUGGACCUCUAAGCUUCUCCGUUGGAAAGCUCGAGUCAGAGUCCUUUACUCUCGCCUGAUGCAUUCAGGGGGAGCGUGCCCGUGGAGGAGCACCCUUCGCCCGACCCCGUCGGGAACGGGGGUGCCUCACCGGCAGCUUACGUUCAGGAGUGUGGACAUCCACUCAUGUAUUAUGAUUAUUCGAAGACACAGGUUCCAGCUUGACCGAGGUAAAGCGCAGGCAAGAGUAUAUUUUCUCGAGCAGAUUCGCACGCUCACUACUCAAGAAACUGGGGGACUUGUGUUGGGAUAUAUUAUCCCGGCCUAUUACUGUUCAGGAGCCCAAGACUUUACGUAGUACAGAGCCCAAUCAGUAAGGCCCAUUUUAGCCUAUCAGGCCUGUUUCGGCCUUUGGGCCCAUUUUGGCCCAUUCGGCCCGUUAGGGUGGAGAGCCCCCUUUCCCCCUAUUCCCUAUAAAUAGGAGGUUUCCCUCCAUGGAAAAGGAUCCUCUUUAGCUUCAUCUUCCUCCUUCUUUUAGAAUAGCUCAAAUACUCCAUUAAUGGGAGCUUGUACAAUGUAAUUGUGAGGAGAGUCCUAAUGAGAAAGAGAGGGCUUGGACAUUAGCCUAAAAAGUCCCGUGGUUUUCUCCCUUUCGGGUUUCCACGUAAAAACUGAGUUGUUCAUACACAUUUAUACAUAUAUUUACUAUAUCGUGUUGGAUUAAACUCAACAAUUAUGUAUAAAUACUUUUAAUCUAUAAAAAAUAUGUUAUAUAUUUUAAAUUUUGACUUAUGCAAUGUAAAUGUGUAAGAACCUCACCCCUCAACCAUAUAUUUCUGGC